AUGGCGUACAGUUUAUGUUAUAAAUUGGCGGUUGUUGGUUCCCGUGCUAGCCUGACGGCAGAUGGGCAGGCUUGGAGAUUAACGUUGAGUCUGGGGAAGAAUGGUUGUCAUAAUCAAAUCGUUGGUGGUAAACAUGUAGAGAAAAGUGUUUCGAUUCUCGAAGCCUCACAACGUACCAGGAGGGCCAGAAGAAAACAAGACUGGGUUUAUAAUCAGCAGCAAAGUUAA